GCAGGCGCGGCAAUUUGGCUCAUGAGCGGGUGCGAAGGGUGCUCGACGCGACCGUGUCAUGUCUGCCGCAAGUGUAUCUUCCGUCAUUGCCAGUGCGGCCUCACGCGCGCACCCGUCUGCGUCGAAUCACAGGCGUGUCAGUGCGUGACGCUCUCUCGUUGCCGACGUUGCCAUGGGUGCCAAGGACGCGCCGCGAGCCAUUGUCGCUGCGACGCGCACGCCAAGCACGAGUGCCUCUGCGAAGAGCUUCGCGCCAUGGAGACAGACGAUAAAGUUGACGAAGACGAAGCCGAGCGGCAGCGCGUCAAUUGGCGCCACGCGAUCCCGACCGUCGCGUCGCACUUGAGCGAUAGGAGUGCCACCAUGGACUCGCGGCUGCUGUACAAGAUGGUGCUGCGGCCAGGUGCAGGCCCGCGCGAGAUCCUACCACCAUCCGGUCGUCGCGGCACGCAGCACGACACGUACCUUGCGUCUGUCGACCUCGAUCCCACAACCGUGCCGCCGUCCGUGGCGCUGCGCUCGCACGCCGACGCUAUCUUUGCGCGAGGCAUGGACAACUUUCAGUACACUAGCGCCCAAGAGGCGGCCAUGCCAUCCGAAGACCUCGUCGACUACGUUGUCCACACGGCAAGUCUCAAGGCCGUCGACGUCCCCGAGCUCUGGGGAUCGCUCGACGCCUCGGCUGCCAUCGUCGCAGCCAUUGUCGCCGACGAGUAUGCGCGGCAGCUCGUCGACGAGUACAUGGCAGCAGGCGAGACGUUUCCAUUAACGAGUCAGGACGCGCUUGUCGAAUGCAUUCACGAACUGCUCAAUGGCGCCGCGUGCCGUCCAGAUGCAUGGACCGACCUGGCGAGUGGCAUCGCGUCGGAGGUGCGCGUCAUCUUUGGGGACGCCCAGCUCGCGGCGUACGAUGUCCCGCAGCUCAUUGCCGCCGCGAUGCAGCCACUCAAAGACGCAUCGAGCGCUGAUGCGGACGAUCCAGCGUGGGCCGCGUGGAAGGACGAGCGGGUGCGCGUUGGUCUCGAGGCGCUGCAAAACGGUGCCAUCAUGUCACCAGACGGCAUCCACGUCGAUACAAGCCGCCGCGCGCCGUCGUACUGGUUCUGCGUCGCCGUGCCGCACGGAAAGACAACCGAGAGCCUCUCAUCGGCGCGGUACCCGAGCUACCGCCUUGCGUUUGAAACCAAGCUCGGCCUCGAGCAGCGCAUUCGCCUUGUGGAAGACGCCCAAAAGAUGGAUGGAUCUGCCAUGCCGCCGAUGAUGCCGACACCGACGCUGCCGAGCUGCUCCACGACCGAGCACCCGUGGCCCGCCGUGUUGCGCCCCGUACCGAUGCCGUCGACCGCCGAUGUGGACCCGUUCCCGCAUGUCAAGCAAGUGCUCGCCAAGGUGGCGCUGACAAGGAGGCGCUUGACGCCCGACGAAGCCAUUGCGAUCGCCGCGCAAAAGGAACUCGCCGAGCGCAACGCGCGGAACCAGCCGGCGCCGCCGUCCCUGUACGUGCCACAUACGCAGAGCAAGCGCAAAGCGGCGCCAAAACGACCUGCGGCCAAGCGAUCGAAGCGCCUUAAGCCGCUCGUCGCCAACGCGGAUGUUGCCGCGGAUGCGGACGAAGAGAACGAGCAAGGUACUGACGCAAGGGGCGGCAGCGACGAGACCAACAUGGCAACAAACGACCAGCAACCAGAUGACAGCGCUGCCCCAGAGCUACUGCCGAACGCUCCAGUCGACACAGAGAGCAACGUGGCCGAGACUGUCGCCACGCUCGUAGAUCCCGACACGAACGCGCUGGACAGCGUGGCAUCCCCACACAGCGAUGCCUCCGCAUCAGACGCUUUGAGUGCGGACGAGGACGAGGAAGACGACGAGGAAGACGACGACGCGACCGUCGAGUUUUGGUGUCCCAAGUGCGGCAACGAUGUGCUGCAUCGGACCAAGGCGUCGCGGCGCUGCGAGUACUUUGUGCGAUGGCGAACGCGGAAAAUCCAAGAUGGCAGCGCGCCGCAACUGCUCACCGCGAUGCACGAUUUGCCCGAGACCUUUCUAGCGAUCGUCGAAGGGCUGCCGUCGACGUCGGGCCUCAUUUACAUCUAA